AUGAUAUAUGAACUAAAUAUUUUUGCAAUUUCUGACAAAAGUUGUCAAUAAAAUACAGUGUUGCUCCCCAAAUACUACACUAAAACCAAAAAGUAGAACUAAGCAGUGUUGCCAAGCAGACCAUGGCGUUGAGUUUGGAUGACAAGCUCCUUGGAGAGAAGACUCAUUACUACUGCAGCAGUGAUGAAGGUGAAGAUGAUGAUGAUAAGGAGUCAUGUGGGUCUGAUGAGGAGGGAGGACAGGCUGCCAGUCACGCUGCUGCAGAUCUUCCCCCGCCUGAGGUCAAACCAUAUGAUGGCACAUGCACAAAUACGGGUCCAAAAGGAGUAAUCAACGACUGGCGACGUUUCAAGCAACUUGAGAAUGAGAAGAGGGAUGGAGCUGAGGAAGAGAAACUAGAACUCAUGAAGAAACUAUCAAUCACUUGCAGGUCACAUCUUGAUGACCAAAAAGAGGCACAGAAGGAUGACGAGUUUAUGGCGAUGAUUAAUGAAAUGGAAGAUGAAUUCUUAGAGCAGUACCGAGCAAAACGAAUGGAAGAGAUGCGCAGAGCUUAUGAAAAUCAACCAAUGUUUGGUAAAGUGCUUCAGCUGAGGAAGGAACAGUUCCUGGAUGCUAUUGAUAAAGAGAAACCACAGGUCACAGUCAUUAUUUAUCUUUAUGAAGACGGUAUACCAGCCUGUAAGGCCAUGAGUGGAUGCCUGGCCUGUCUCGCUAUGGAAUAUCCCAGGGUGAAGUUCUGUCGAAUAAAAGCCUCAGAAGCCAAGCUGAGUUACAAAUUUUCUGCGAUGGGUGUUCCUGCACUGCUAGUCUACAAAUCUGGUGAACUUAUUGGGAACUUUGUGCGUAUAUCAAAUGAACUUGGAGACGACUUCUUUGCUAAUGAAGUGGAAGGAUAUCUUUUAGAACAUGGUUUACUCCCAGACAAAACACUUCAGCCAAACAUGCCAUUUAAACCCAAGCAAGAUGAUGACAGUGGAAGUGAAUUUGAGGUCGAAUGAUACCAGGUAACCUUGGUAACUUGUGCAUUAUGUCUAUGAGAUCACAUUAUUUUCUGAAGACGAGGCUAUGCACUUUCACUGGAGAAAUUCAAACUUGGGUUGGAAGUGGCCGUAAAAAGUUUGGUGAUUUCUGUGAGAAAAAACAUUGGACCAAGUUUGAACUAUCAUCAGAAUUUUGAUGAACGGAUGUAAAACUGGAUAAUGAUGUUUUUCCAUGUGUUGUAAAUCAGUGUGUCUUUGGAUUAACAGCUGUUGUACUCUGUGUCAGAGUCUGUUGCUAGCCUCGUCCUCUUUACACUAGCAUGGUAUGGGAGCCGUCAAACCAACCAUGUCCUUUGCUGACCCUAACCAUGGUCGUCAGUUGUGACAGCAGUGGACCUUGACUGUUUUGAUUGGCAUCAAGUAAUUGCUGGAUGUAUUUCUGAUAUCAUCACAUCUUGAUGAUAUGGAGUACAGGAUUUGGCAGACAGACCUGUAGAUCGGAAUGUUCAGCUGGAUGUAAGGAAUUGGGAAUCUUGCUUUUGUCUGACAUAUCUGCUUGAUUUUUGCUAUGAGAAGAGGACUCCAGCCCAGUGACUCACAUCUGGCCUUGAUCUUAGUCAACGUGAAAUGUCUCUUUCUAUCAUGUCAAAUGAAUAGGCACGGCAAUAACCAAAUAGAUGUCCAUGUCGUUUUUGUAAGGUAUUGUUUACUUAUGUUCACUGCCCAAUGAAUAAAUUUGCAUAACUUAUGAAAAAAAUUGUU